AUGACCACUACUGCAGCUGUUAAACCUGAGAAGGCUGACUGGACCACAGAGAGCCACGCGGUCGCGGUUCGCCACGGUCGAACCACUACUAUGACCACUACUGCAGCUGUUAAUAAACCUGAGAAGGCUGACUGGACCACAGAGAGCCACGCGGUCGCCGUUCACCACGGUCGAACCACCACCGUGAGUCUGAGCAACACUAUCGCCAUCAAACCCAGAGUGGAAGAACCAGAGAGGACCGUAGAGGACCACGAUCCAACCGUAGGACCAACCCAGGACCAACCUCUACCUCUCAUCCCUCCCCUCUCACUCACCUUCACACAGACACCUUCACAGAACCUACUGGCUGUCGUCGCCCAUGGCAACGGCAACCUGGGCGGAGUUGGGGUGGGGCCUCAACCCGGAACACUCGGUCUGAGGUCAAUAGACAAGUCUAAAAGACACGUAAACAUUUUGAACAGAAUCUCACAGCAAUCUCUCUCCAGUCAUUUCACUGGCAAUCUGAUGGCUCAGCUCCUCUCUCUCCUCUAUCUCUUCUCUCUUCUUCUCUCUCUACUCUCUUCUCUCUGUCCUCUGCAGAUGAUAUCAGAGAAGAGUGUGAUCCACGAACGUUCCUUCCUGUCCGACCGCGAGCGUGACCGAGGAGACCGUGAGCGUAUGGCUACGGUUGGGAAGAGGAAGCCAGACAUUCUCUUCCCUGAACUAAGAACCUCUCUGCUGCCUGAGAUACGAGGGGCUGAAGGCAAACAGACUAAACCCACCAGGACCAGAAGAAGGAGAGACACAUCCCCUCUAUAGCCACAACGGAUACACACCACUACAACACACUACAACACACACCACUACACACUACAAUACACACCACUACACACUACAAUACACACCACUAC